CUCUUCAAUGCGCGCUCUUUUUCCGAUGUCUCUUCCAAAGAUCACCAAGAAAAACCAUCUCCAUUGAGCUCCAUUGAUCUCCUUCAUGGAUUCCCUUCGUCUCCGAUUCCCACGCCUCUUCAGUCCCCCUUCAGUGCCUCGCUUAAACUCUCCUCUAACUGCACCCGCUCCAUUGAGCUCCUCCAUCCGACUAAGAUUAAGUAAGAUUGAGGUUGCUUCCAGGCUUCAAAGAUUUUUCAGUAAGGUCAGGCGCAAUCAUCUUUUUAUUAGAGGUGGAAUACCAAAUGUUCACAACCAAAGUGCUGAGCAUACUGUACUGGAGGAAAACAUUGCUCCGAUGCUUGAGAUUGAUCCUCCAUUCAAGAGUUCUCCUGGUAAAGCUUUUCCUCUUGGAGCAUCUGUUGUUGAACAUGGCGUUAAUUUUGCUAUAUUUUCUCAACAUGCUACUUCAGUGACACUUUGCUUGUCAGUUCAUGGGAGGGUACAUAAUGAAGAAGUACAUAAUGGCAUGAUUGAGGUCAAAUUGGAUGCUCAAGUGAACAAGACAGGGGAUAUUUGGCAUAUUUGUGUUGAGGGUUUACCUGAUUCUGGUGUUCUUUAUGGUUACCGUGUUGAUGGUCCACGAGAAUGGGAUAAAGGACAUCGAUUUGACAGCAGUGUUGUCCUUCUUGAUCCUUAUGCAAAGCUAGUUGUUGGUCGGAAAUUUUUUGGGGAUGCCACAGACAAGGUGUCUCAAUUCUUGGGGACUUUUGACUUUUGUAAUUUGCCUUUUGACUGGGGGCCUGACUACAAACUUCCAAAUAUUCCUGAGACAGAUCUUGUCAUAUAUGAAAUGAGUCUCCGCUCAUUCACAGCUGAUGAAUCAAGUGGAUUGGACUCGAGCAUUCGUGGUAGCUAUCUUGGUGUUAUUGAAAAGAUCCCACAUCUAGUGGAACUUGGGAUUAAUGCCGUGGAGCUCUUGCCAGUUUUUGAGUUUGAUGAGUUGGAAUUCAAGAGGUUUCCAAAUCCUAGAGAUCACAUGAUUAACACAUGGGGAUAUUCCACAAUGAAUUUUUUUGCGCCUAUGAGUCGGUAUGCUAGUGCUGGUAGUGGAGCUCUGGGUGCUUCUCAGGAGUUCAAGCAGAUGGUGAAAGCUUUGCAUAAUGCUGGAAUUGAGGUAAUUUUGGAUGUUGUUUAUAACCAUACAAAUGAAGCUGAUGAUGAGCACCCCUAUACCACUUCUUUUCGUGGCAUUGACAAUAAGGUUUACUACAUGAUGAAUUUUGAUAACAAAGCGGAAUUGCUUAAUUUUGCUGGCUGUGGGAACACAUUAAACUGCAACCAUCCCGUUGUCAUGGAACUUGUACUUGACAGUUUGCGGCAUUGGGUUAAGGAAUACCAUGUGGAUGGUUUCCGCUUUGAUCUUGCCAGUGUUCUUUGUCGAGGAACUGAUGGGACACCGCUAAAUGCGCCCCCACUUAUUAAGGCAAUUGCUAAGGAUCCUGCAUUGUCAAGAUGUAAAAUAAUUGCUGAACCAUGGGAUUGUGCUGGACUUUAUCUAGUGGGAAGUUUUCCAAAUUGGGACAGGUGGGCUGAAUGGAAUGGAAAAUAUCGUGAUGAUAUCCGUCGGUUUAUAAAGGGUGACCCUGGUAUGAAAGGCACCUUUGCCACUAGGACCUCUGGAUCAGCUGAUCUGUAUCAGGUGAAUAAGAGGAAGCCUUAUCAUAGUGUCAACUUUGUCAUUGCACAUGAUGGUUUUUCCUUGUUUGACCUUGUUUCCUACAAUAACAAGCAUAAUGAGGCAAAUGGAGAGAAAGGCAGGGAUGGAUGCAAUGACAAUUUUAGCUGGAAUUGUGGUUUUGAAGGAGAGAUAGAUGAUGUUAAUAUCAACUCAUUACGCGCACGACAAAUGAAGAACUUUCACAUGGCACUAAUGAUUUCGCAGGGCACACCAAUGAUGUUGAUGGGAGAUGAAUAUGGCCACACCCGUUAUGGGAAUAAUAAUAGCUAUGGGCAUGAUACUUCCUUAAAUCAUUUUCAGUGGAAACAGUUGGAAGCUAAAAAGGGGACCCAUUUCGGAUUUUUCUCAGAGAUGAUAAAGUUUCGCCACAACCAUCCUAUACUGAGGCGUGGCAGAUUUCUUGACAAAAAUGAUGUUACAUGGCAUGAAGACAACUGGGGUAACCCUGAGAGCAAAUUCCUUGCAUUCACGCUCCAUGAUGAUAAAUUUGGAAAUGACAUCUACCUGGCGUUCAACGCGCAUGACUACUUUGUCAAGGCUGCAAUACCUGCGCCACCGCAUAAAAAGCAAUGGCACCGUGUGGUCGAUACAAAUCUCAAGUCUCCUGAUGAUUUUGUUAGGGAAGGUGUACCAUUCUCUAAAGAUACGUAUAGUCUUGCUCCAUAUUCUUCUGUUCUUAUGGAAGCAAAACCAUAAACCCGGAUCUCGACGCUUCCGAGAUCCCUGCUCUGGAAAUCAAGUUCAGAAUAAAUUCUAACUUAUAAAGUUAAGGAGAUGUCAGUGGAACUCCUCCAGAGAACCAGUUCCAGAAUCAGCUGCAAAAGUGAGAGACCUUUACUUAUUUAAUUUCUUGUAUUCCAUGUGUUAAAUAAAUAAAUAAAUAAUGACUUAACAGAAUAUGCAAGUCACUGUGGUCCUCAACAAACUUGAACUCUGUUAGUUUAUAUAAAUUUUAUUUAUCUGUGA